UUUUCGGUCUGCGUUGCUCGCGUCUGCUUACGAAAAAGGCGGAAUUAACAGCAUUUUGGACUAUUAAAGUGUAAUCAACAGGCGAACGAAUGUAAUGCGAUUGCAUUGAACGUAAAAGCGUGUGUUUUUUAUACUGUUUUGUUUUCCAUUACGCUUUCUGCAGCGUUGCGAGCCGUGAAACUCACACAAAAGCGAUUUCUGGGUUUUGCACUUCUCCGCCUGUGACUUUUGUCACGCGUGCAAAAUUUGUGCUGUGUGUGGCGACGUCACGGAGAAACUACAAAUUCUCCUCCACGCAUCUUUCUCGCUGCCGCUGUUGCCGCUAGUGGACAACAAUGAGCACCACAACGGACUCGAAGGCGCCGCUGCGCCAGGUGAAGCGAGUACAGUUUGGUAUUUUGUCACCUGAUGAAAUUCGUCGCAUGUCCGUCACCGAGGGAGGCGUCCAAUUCGCCGAGACCCUGGAGGGCGGCCGUCCCAAGCUGGGCGGUCUGAUGGAUCCCCGUCAGGGCGUCAUCGAUCGCACCUCGCGCUGUCAGACAUGCGCCGGCAACAUGACCGAGUGUCCCGGCCACUUUGGACACAUUGAUCUGGCCAAGCCGGUCUUUCACAUUGGCUUCAUCACGAAGACGAUCAAGAUACUGCGCUGCGUGUGCUUCUACUGCUCCAAGAUGCUCGUCUCGCCGCACAAUCCCAAGAUCAAGGAGAUUGUGAUGAAGUCGAAGGGACAACCCCGCAAACGUCUCGCCUACGUCUACGAUCUGUGCAAGGGCAAAACGAUUUGCGAGGGCGGCGAGGACAUGGAUCUCACCAAGGAUAACCAGCAGGUGGAUCCCAACAAAAAGCCCGGCCACGGCGGUUGCGGUCACUAUCAGCCCUCGAUACGGCGCACAGGCCUCGACUUGACGGCCGAGUGGAAGCAUGUGAACGAGGAUUCGCAGGAGAAGAAGAUCGUAGUGUCCGCGGAGCGUGUGUGGGAGAUCCUCAAGCACAUCACGGACGAGGAGUGCUUCAUACUGGGCAUGGAUCCCAAGUAUGCGCGUCCCGAUUGGAUGAUUGUCACAGUGCUGCCGGUGCCGCCGUUAGCAGUUCGUCCGGCUGUGGUUAUGUUUGGCGCUGCCAAGAAUCAGGAUGAUUUGACCCACAAGUUGGCUGACAUCAUCAAGGCGAACAACGAGCUGCGCAAGAACGAGGCGAGCGGCGCCGCUGCGCACGUGAUACAGGAAAACAUCAAGAUGCUGCAGUUCCAUGUGGCCACGCUGGUGGACAACGAUAUGCCUGGCAUGCCGAGAGCUAUGCAGAAGUCGGGCAAACCCCUCAAGGCGAUCAAAGCGCGUCUCAAGGGAAAGGAGGGUCGUAUUCGUGGCAAUUUGAUGGGCAAACGUGUCGACUUCUCCGCACGUACUGUCAUUACACCCGAUCCCAAUUUGCGUAUCGAUCAGGUGGGCGUGCCGCGUUCCAUAGCACAAAAUCUCACCUUCCCCGAGCUGGUGACGCCCUUCAACAUUGAUCGCAUGCAGGAGCUGGUGCGACGCGGCAACUCGCAGUAUCCGGGUGCCAAAUACAUUGUGCGCGACAAUGGCGAGCGUAUCGAUCUGCGUUUCCAUCCCAAAUCCUCAGAUCUACAUCUGCAGUGCGGCUACAAGGUGGAGCGACAUUUGCGCGACGACGAUCUGGUCAUCUUCAAUCGCCAGCCGACGCUCCACAAGAUGAGUAUGAUGGGGCAUCGUGUCAAGGUGCUGCCGUGGUCCACGUUCCGUAUGAAUCUGUCCUGUACAUCGCCCUACAACGCUGAUUUCGACGGUGACGAGAUGAAUCUCCAUGUGCCGCAAUCGAUGGAGACACGCGCCGAGGUCGAGAACAUUCACAUUACGCCCCGGCAGAUUAUUACACCGCAGGCGAACAAACCCGUCAUGGGUAUUGUGCAGGACACGCUGACGGCGGUGCGUAAGAUGACGAAACGUGAUGUGUUCAUCACGCGCGAGCAGGUGAUGAAUCUGCUCAUGUUUCUGCCGACUUGGGAUGGCAAAAUGCCGCAACCGUGCAUCUUGAAGCCGCGUCCCCUGUGGACCGGCAAGCAGAUCUUCUCGCUGAUCAUUCCCGGCAACGUCAACAUGAUACGCACCCACUCCACGCAUCCCGACGAGGAGGACGACGGUCCCUACAAGUGGAUAUCGCCCGGCGACACCAAGGUCAUGGUGGAGCACGGCGAACUCAUCAUGGGCAUCCUCUGCAAAAAGACACUGGGAACCUCGGCCGGUUCGCUGCUGCAUAUUUGUUUCCUCGAGCUGGGCCACGAUAUCGCGGGUCGGUUCUACGGCAACAUUCAGACGGUGAUCAACAAUUGGCUGCUGCUCGAGGGUCACAGCAUUGGCAUUGGCGACACCAUUGCCGAUCCGCAGACAUAUACCGAGAUUCAGAUGGCCAUCAAGAAGGCCAAAGACGAUGUCAUCAACGUGAUCCAGAAGGCGCACAACAUGGAACUCGAACCGACUCCUGGCAACACGUUGCGUCAAACGUUCGAGAACAAGGUGAAUCGCAUCCUGAACGAUGCUCGUGACAAGACUGGAGGCUCUGCCAAGAAAUCCCUCACCGAGUACAACAAUCUAAAGGCUAUGGUGGUGUCUGGCUCUAAGGGUUCGAACAUUAACAUUUCUCAGGUUAUUGCUUGUGUGGGUCAACAGAACGUUGAGGGCAAGCGUAUACCGUACGGCUUUAGGAAGCGCACGCUGCCACAUUUCAUCAAGGACGAUUACGGUCCCGAGUCCAGAGGAUUCGUGGAGAACUCAUACCUCGCCGGCCUGACGCCCUCCGAGUUCUAUUUCCACGCCAUGGGCGGUCGUGAAGGUCUCAUUGAUACGGCUGUGAAGACUGCCGAAACCGGUUACAUUCAGCGUCGUCUGAUAAAGGCUAUGGAGUCGGUGAUGGUCAAUUACGAUGGCACCGUGCGUAACUCGGUUGGUCAGCUGAUUCAGUUGCGUUACGGCGAGGACGGUUUGUGCGGCGAACUGGUCGAGUUCCAGAACAUGCCGACGGUCAAGUUGUCCAACAAGGUGUUCGAGAAGCGCUUCAAAUUCGACUGGUCCAAUGAGCGUUACAUGCGCAAAGUGUUCACCGACGAUGUCAUCAAGGAGAUGACGGACAGCAGCGAUGCGAUCCAAGAGCUCGAAUCCGAGUGGGAUAAACUCGUCACGGAUCGCGACAAUUUGCGUACAAUAUUCCCCAAUGGCGACUCAAAGGUGGUCUUGCCCUGCAACCUGCAGCGCAUGAUCUGGAACGUCCAGAAGAUCUUUCACAUCAACAAACGGCUGCCCACGGAUCUCUCGCCGAUGCGUGUGAUCAAGGGAGUCCGCGGGCUCCUGGAGCGUUGUGUGAUUGUCACGGGCAACGAUCGCAUCUCGAAGCAGGCGAACGAGAAUGCCACGCUGCUCUUCCAGUGCCUCAUACGCUCCACGCUUUGCACCAAAUACGUAUCGGAGGAGUUCCGUCUCUCCACCGAGGCCUUCGAGUGGCUGAUCGGUGAGAUCGAGACGCGUUUCCAGCAGGCUCAGGCGAAUCCGGGUGAAAUGGUGGGCGCCCUGGCUGCCCAGAGUUUGGGUGAACCGGCCACACAGAUGACGCUAAACACUUUCCAUUUCGCUGGUGUGUCCUCGAAGAACGUUACACUCGGUGUGCCCCGUCUCAAGGAGAUCAUCAACAUCUCAAAGAAGCCCAAGGCGCCCUCGCUCACCGUUUUCCUCACCGGUGGCGCUGCUCGCGAUGCCGAGAAGGCCAAGAAUGUCCUGUGUCGCUUAGAGCACACAACGCUGCGCAAGGUGACGGCAAACACGGCCAUCUACUACGAUCCGGAUCCACAGCGGACAGUGAUAGCCGAGGAUCAGGAGUUCGUGAAUGUCUACUAUGAGAUGCCCGACUUUGAUCCGACACGCAUUUCGCCUUGGCUGCUGCGUAUUGAGUUGGAUCGCAAGCGGAUGACGGACAAGAAGCUGACCAUGGAACAGAUUGCCGAGAAGAUCAAUGUGGGAUUCGGCGAGGAUCUCAAUUGCAUAUUCAACGAUGACAAUGCCGAUAAGCUGGUGUUGCGCAUUCGCAUCAUGAACAACGAGGAGAACAAGUUCCAGGACGAAGACGAGGCCGUCGACAAGAUGGAGGACGACAUGUUCCUCCGUUGCAUUGAGGCGAACAUGUUAUCGGACAUGACGCUGCAGGGCAUCGAGGCCAUUGGCAAGGUGUACAUGCAUCUGCCGCAGACCGACAGCAAGAAGCGCAUCGUGAUCACGGAGACGGGCGAGUUCAAGGCCAUUGGCGAGUGGCUGCUGGAAACGGACGGCACCUCGAUGAUGAAGGUGCUCUCCGAGCGCGACGUCGAUCCCAUACGCACCUCGUCCAACGACAUUUGCGAGAUCUUCCAGGUGCUGGGCAUCGAGGCGGUGCGCAAGUCCGUCGAGAAGGAGAUGAACGCUGUGCUCCAGUUCUACGGUCUCUACGUCAACUACCGCCAUCUCGCUCUGCUUUGCGAUGUGAUGACAGCGAAGGGCCAUCUCAUGGCCAUCACACGUCACGGCAUCAAUCGACAGGACACCGGCGCCCUUAUGCGUUGCUCCUUCGAGGAAACCGUCGACGUGCUCAUGGAUGCCGCUGCCCAUGCCGAAACGGAUCCCAUGCGUGGCGUCUCCGAGAACAUCAUCAUGGGUCAGCUGCCCAAGAUGGGCACCGGUUGCUUCGAUCUGCUGCUGGACGCGGAGAAAUGUCGCUUCGGCAUCGAGAUUCCCAAUUCCCUCGGCAGCAGCAUGCUCGGCGGUGCGGCAAUGUUCAUUGGCGGCGGCUCGACGCCCAGCAUGACGCCUCCGAUGACACCUUGGGUGAACUGUCACACGCCGCGUUACUUCUCGCCACCAGGUCACGUCAGCGCCAUGACUCCAGGUGGACCGAGCUUCUCGCCUUCAGCCGCAUCCGAUGCAUCGGGCAUGUCGCCCAGCUGGUCGCCAGCACAUCCUGGCUCAUCGCCCAGCUCGCCGGGCCCCUCGAUGUCGCCCUACUUCCCGGCCUCGCCGAGUGUGUCGCCUUCGUAUUCGCCCACGUCGCCCAAUUACACGGCAUCGUCGCCAGGUGGCGCCUCGCCCAAUUACUCGCCGUCGAGUCCAAAUUACUCGCCAACAUCGCCGCUAUAUGCGGCUGCAAGUCCACGUUAUGCCUCGGCCACGCCCAACUUCAAUCCACAGUCGACGGGCUAUUCGCCAUCGUCGUCGGGCUACUCGCCCACAUCGCCCGUCUACUCGCCGACAUCGAAUUUCCCAUCGAGUCCAUCGUUUGCGGGCAGUGGCAGCAACAUGUAUUCGCCGGGCAAUGCGUACUCGCCGAGCUCAUCGAACUACUCACCGAAUUCGCCGUCAUAUUCACCGAUGUCGCCAUCGUACUCGCCAUCGAGUCCCUCGUAUUCGCCAACGUCGCCCUGCUACUCGCCGACGUCGCCAUCGUAUUCGCCGACAUCGCCCAAUUACACGCCCGUCACGCCUUCGUAUUCACCGACAUCGCCCAACUACUCGGCAUCGCCGCACUAUUCGCCCGCAUCGCCGGCGUACUCACAGACGGGCGUCAAAUAUUCGCCCACAUCGCCGACGUACUCGCCGCCAUCGCCAUCGUACGAUGGUUCGCCGGGUUCGCCGCAAUACACGCCUGGAUCACCGCAAUAUUCGCCGGCAUCGCCGAAAUACUCGCCGACAUCGCCGCUGUAUUCGCCCAGUUCGCCGCAGCACUCGCCGUCGAAUCAAUACAGCCCAACUGGGUCCACAUACUCGGCGACGAGUCCACGCUACUCGCCCAACAUGUCCAUCUACUCGCCGAGCAGCACCAAGUACUCGCCGACAUCGCCAACGUACACGCCCACGGCUCGCAACUAUUCGCCCACAUCGCCGAUGUAUUCCCCUACGGCGCCAUCGCAUUACAGUCCCACAAGUCCAGCGUACUCGCCCAGCAGUCCCACGUUCGAGGAGAGCGACGACUAAGCCGGCGACUCCCCAUCUCUCUCUCUCUUUCUUCUGUAACUGUUUGCUAAGUUUAGUUAAUCUUUGGUAUCAAAAACUUAUCAAUGCUACUAUACUAUAUACACAUAUUGGAAUACUUGAUACGAUUCGAUUCCGAUUUCGAUGGAUGAUGACGACUGGCGAAGGCCCCAAGCACAUUAUCUACCCCUAAAAACAAUAUAUCUUGUAUAUCAAACUAGAGAUAUUUAAGCAUAGAUCGAGUCCGAGUACGACGUUUAUCUAUUUAGUUGCCCCCGUUUUUUUUUUGUCGACGUGUAAGACAUACAGUGAGCUAGUGAAGUAUCCACACACCAACAUGUUACCAGAUUUUAUAUACUACAUCUCCUUUAUGGAAGGAGCCAAGGUUUUUUUCAGUAAAUAUUUAAUCUAUAAUAUUAAUAUUAAAGCGUAAAACCUAAAACAUAUUCCCGACAAACGGUAGAACUUAAAAACAAAAACACAUCAACAAAAAAAAUAUAUAUAAAACAAAAACUUUUUAAGCAAAAAAAAAUAUAAAGAAAAUUGCAAAAGAAAAAAGUGAAUUGUUUUACUCUAGUAACAAUAAAAAAAAAUAAGAAAACUGCAAAAAAGUAAAAA